AAGAGUCAGUCUUUUAAUAAAGUAACAAUAACCAUCAAGAUGAUGAACUGAUGCUGUGUUGGGUCUCGUUGUCUCCGUCAGAUUCCUGUGAACUCUCCCUGGACCCAAACACGAUGAACAGGAAACUCAAACUGUCUGACAACAACAGGACGGUGACAUGUGUGAUUGAGGAUCAGCCAUAUCCUGAUCAUCCAGAGAGGUUUGAGUCCUGGUAUCAGCUGCUGUGUAGAGAUGGUCUGACUGGUCGCUGUUACUGGGAGGUCCAGACCAAAGGAUGGGUUUACAUAUCAGUGAGUUACAGAGGAAUCAGCAGGAGAGGAAACAGAGAUGAAUGUUGGUUUGGAUAUAAUGAUCAGUCCUGGAGUCUGUUCUGCUAUUAUGGUCGUUUCUCUGUCUGGCACAAUAACAGAGAAACAGUCCUCCCUGAGUCCUCCUCUUUCUCUGGUAGAGUAGCAGUGUAUGUGGACUGUCCUGCUGGCUCUCUGUCCUUCUACACAGUCUCCCCUGACUCACUGAUCCACCUCCAUACCUUCAACACCUCAUUCAGUGAACCUCUCUAUCCUGGGUUUGGGUGCUGGUUCUGGGCUGGUGCUAUUGUCAGUUCGGUGCCGGUUCUACUCGCCAGUUAUCUAAGAACCGAUCGAUUUUCCCCAGCCUGAGAACCAGAGUAGGGC